AAUACAUAGAAUUUAACUAAACAAAAAACACAGAAAAAAUCUGAACAGUCACAACAAGUUCAUGAUCAGAGGCAAUUUUACCUCGUGAUGAUGGAAGAAGAAGAAGAAGGUGACCUAGGUAAAGAGAAUGAUGUAAAAAAUGUUGAAUUUGAUGUUUCAGUUUCAGACCCAAAAGGGAAAAAUGUUGUUUUGGAUUCUGAAACUGAGAAGAAUGGAAUUGGAGAUGAGGGGGAUGUGGAAGUAGAUAUAAUUGGGAAUUCUGGGUUCAAGGGUGUGGAGAAUAGUUGUAUGGAACUUGCUGUGGUUGAGAGUUCGAGUAACAGCUCGUUUGGGGAUGCGUGUGCUGGUUCGGAGUUAACUGAUUCUGAUGAGGCGGAAUCGUCGAUGCGUGAGGAACGGAGUAAGGGGUUGCCUCGAUUGAGAAAGAAAAAAAUGACCGAUCAUUGGAAGAAGUUCAUCCAUCCUUUAAAGCGGCGAUGUAAAUGGUUAGAGACGCAAUUGAGGAUACUUGACUCUCAAGCAAAGAAAUACGAAGAAGCAAUUGCGGCAUAUGAUCAACAAAAACAACUUCGAUUUUUGUUGCCUGCAGGAGAUGAUUCGUAUAUCAAGUCGGUACCUAGAUCUGACGGAAUUCAAAGGAAUGAAGUCAUGAUGAGAAAGAAAAGAAAGAGAGUUGAAGAAUGUGAUUUAUCAUCAUAUAUGUCUAACCAUUGCUUAUUCUCUUACUACGAGAAUAAGAACCGUGGUCAUGAUGUUCCCGUAGAAGAUUCUCGUAACGAUGUCAUGAGUUGUAAUGCUGAGGAGUUCAAGUUGAAUGAUACGCGGCCUUCUGUAGAUCAUCGUACAGAUACUGAUAAAUCCUUCCUUGAGUUCAUUGAAAAGAUUGAAGAGUUGUCGUCACAAGUUGAGAACUUGAAAGCUCGGAUUAAUACUGUCAUGAAUAAAAAUCCAGGAAAGUUGAAUUCUAUAACUCAAUCGAACAGAAUUAGGCCAUCUCAACGUAACUCUGAGUUACGUGCACAAGAUCAACCUUUGACGGAUAAUCCAUUAUCAACUUCUGAAGGGAUAACUCCUUCCAUGGAAGCUGCCAAUACGACUCAGUUUGAGGUUCCAGGGGAAGUCAAAGAGGAAUCCAAGGAGUUAGUUCAGGAGCAAAAACCUGUUUCUCCAGCUCAAGCUUUAGACUCUGACAUGGUCACUGAGAAUGUUGUACCGAACGAUCGUUCUUUUAAACCGUGUUCAUCAUCAAGGUCGCCUUUCCCGAAGAACACAAGAACGGCAAGGAAGAGAUCUAGCUCUUAGAGUUUGGAGAUGAUUGGUGGCAUUGUAUAUACAAUGAUUGUUUCUUCAAGAGCUUGUGGAUGGAUUCCAUGAGUUCAAGAAAUGAGUUCAUUUUAUACUGUGUGAAUAUGAAGAACAUGUUCUUUGUUCAAGAAUGCUGUUAUUUUUACUUUUCAGAGAAAUUUUAUUUAAAGGAAUAUUGUUUCUUAAUGUACUUUGGGAUUAUUACUUCAAUAAUUGAAUGAAUACUUUAUUUUUUA